AUGCUCGUUGACUUAUUAGAACAUAAAUAUGGCAUUCUUCGAGAGGUGGCUGCUGAAAGUGCAUCCACUUUUCUUCGUGCAUUCAGAGCCAGACCUGAUGACGAUUCUUACGCGAUAGAUGAAUGGCCCACGCACCUAUGGCGAAACUCACUGCCGAAAAACUAUAGGCACAUUGCCAAAAAUGUAUCGACUGAAUGGUUAAAAUUAAGGUUUCAAUAUUUAGCAUUAACACCAGAUGUGAUACAUCUAUUAGAAACGUUAAGGGAGGAUUACCUACUCGGUUUGAUCACGAACGGGCCGUCUCGGGCUCAGUGGCAGAAAAUCGAGCGUUUGGGACUUCGCAAGUACUUUGACUGUGUGCUGGUCUCCGGGGACCUGCCCUGGGAGAAGCCCGAUCAAAAUAUCUUCUUAGAAGCCUGCAAGCUGCUCAAUGUUGAAGCAAGGACAUGUAUAAUGGUCGGAGAUAAGCUAGAGACCGAUAUAAAGGGUGGUAUAGAAGCAGAAUUAGGGGGUACAGUUUGGAUUCCAUUGCAAUUUGAUCAAAUGGACUCCGAUCUACCCGACUUCAAGAUACAGUAUGUGACAGAGUUACCAGAAGUUCUUCCAAACUCACCAAAGCUAAAGAAGAAAUCUGCACAACAAUCUAACAUAAUAUGU